AAGAUGUCGUCGCUGGAGCAGAGGCUGUCGCGGAUCGAGGAGAAACUAAAGCAGGAAAACGAGGAAGCUCGGCGGAGAAUCGACCUCAACAUCGACAUGAGUCCACAUCGAUCACAUCCGAGACCAAUCAUCGUGAUCCAGCUCAGUCCUGCUCCAGCUCCUUCCCAGCGUGCAGCCCUUCAGCUGCCCCUGGCCAACGACGCAGGAAGCAGGUCAUCAUCCUCAGAAAGCUCACCUCAGCACCACCCCUUUCGUCGCAGACACAUGCUCACCCUCCCCACACCGCAGUCCGGCUUACAGAAGAGUCUAGAGAAUGCAGAGAUUGAUCAGAAAUUGCAAGAGAUCAUGAAACAGACAGGUUAUCUUAAAAUCGACGGACAGCGGUAUCCAGCUGAGGUGACUGAUCUAAUCAGUGAAGGGGAGAUUGGCAGCGGCACCUGUGGACAGGUCUUCAAAGUGCGAUUCAAAAAGACUGGGCAUGUCAUCGCCGUUAAACAAAUGCGCCGAACAGGAAACAAGGAUGAGAACAAGAGGAUCCUGAUGGACUUGGACGUGGUGCUGAAGAGUCAUGACUGUCCUUAUAUCAUCCAGUGCUAUGGUGCCAUUGUUACCAAUACAGAUGUAUUUAUUGCCAUGGAGUUGAUGGGCACGUGUGCUGAGAAGCUGAAAAAAAGAAUUCAGGACCCAAUCCCAGAGCACAUUUUAGGAAAAAUGACUGUUGCAAUAGUGAAAGCCUUGCUGUAUCUAAAAGAGAAACACGGUGUCAUCCAUCGCGACGUGAAACCCUCCAACAUUCUACUGGACGCGAAAGGUCAGAUAAAACUGUGUGACUUUGGCAUUAGCGGACGCCUCGUCGACUCCAAGGCAAAGACACGCAGUGCUGGCUGUGCUGCUUACAUGGCGCCAGAGAGAAUAGACCCUCCAGAUCCCACCAAACCCGACUAUGACAUCCGAGCAGAUGUGUGGAGCCUUGGCAUCUCUCUGGUGGAGCUGGCUACAGGACAGUUUCCCUACAAGAAUUGCAAGACAGACUUUGAGGUUCUGACCAAAGUACUGCAGGAAGACCCUCCUCUGCUGCCUCUCAGCAUGGGCUUCUCCCUCGACUUCCAGUCUUUUGUCAAAGAUUGCCUCACUAAGGAUCACAGAAAAAGGCCAAAAUACCACCAGCUUCUGGAGCAUAGCUUCAUCCGGCGUUACGAGGUGCUCGAGGUGGACGUGGCCGGUUGGUUCCAAACGGUAAUGGAUCGCACCGAGUCGCCUCGCAGCAGCCAGUGUUACAGUCAUCAGCACCAGCUCCACUCACUCUUGAGCAGGUAGCCCAGAGAGCCUCAUCCUGUAUUAGCUUGCUUAGCUGUCCUCUUAAUCUAGUCUAGCCUCGGCCUAAGAAGCUAAGCCUAGCCUUAGACUCCCGGCCCUGGCUGUCCACCUGUCCACCGGAAAAGCCCUCAACCAGCGAGACGAAGACUCUAUGGCUUAUAGGAUGCAGUGAUUGACACAGGGAGGAACUGAUGGAUGGACGGAUAGACAGAGGGAGGAUAAUAGUUGUUUUUUGGUGUGUUGAAUCUGGACAGGCAGACAUGGGAGUGUGUUUUGAGCAGUAUUUAGCUUCAUUUGUAGACAUUUACCAUGUCACAUCACACUUGUGUAGACACCAAAUGUGUUGUCACUUCACUCCUAGUCACCACUCAUCUAAUUCUGUCACAUGUAUAUGUGUGUAUGUACAGAUAUCAAUCCCUGGUCAGUAGUAAUAUAAAGUAUACACAGUACUGUAAAUCCUAAUGCAGACUGCAGUUUCAACACACACUUUGAUCAUUUUUAACACCAAUUUAUCAUGAUUUGAAUGAGCAAUCUUAGAACGGUUAUCAGCUGCAUAAUUGGAAGAAAAACUGAAAAAAAUUAGUGUCGCAUUUUAACAACGUAAAAAGUGGCAUGGUUUUUUUGUUGUUGAAGAGCUGAGUGAGUAAAGGGGACGCUGGGAAGAGGAACAUCUCCAAUCUCCAAUCAGGAUGUGUGCUGGAUUGUCAGGAUUUCUCUGGAAAUGUGAGAAGUGAAAGGGAAGGAGUGGCAUUGUAUUGAUAGGAGAUUGUGUUACUUGCGUGGGAAAAUGAGCGAUGUUGCUUUUUCUACAAGGGGGCGCAGAACAGAUAGCAUACAAAGAUUAAAACAUGGGGUUGAUCUUCUUAGCUGUGGGGCAUGUCUUUGACUUCACACUUAGUUUGUCUACCUCAUCCUCUCAGUCUGCCUCUGCUGUUUAGCGCUCCAUCAGUGUUUCUAGACCAAAGGUGGCGGAUGUUGGUGGAGCCCAAGGGCCUCCAGACAUAUUGCGGUGAAAACUUCAUGAAUUGUCACGUUUGAAUGAAGCAGAGGUUACACACUACCAUCCUUAACCCACAUUCAAACUGGUAUUCUCAAAAUGUGUGUCCAAAUAAUUCAACUGUUGUUUAUAUGGUAGAUGUAGUUAAGCCAGUGGUUCUCUAUUAUUUUCUGUCGUGCCCUCCCUAGGGGACAGAGAUUUUUUCACAAACCCUCUGUUUUGAAAUAGAAUUGAGAACCUGAUAUUUAUUUAUCUGUACAAACCACUGUAUGAGUUGCUGGCACCAGCAACGUUCAAACAUGAAUAAACACACUAACAGACCUGCCAACCUUGAAGAAAUUGAAUGAGUACAGCAGUCUUUGAGAAGCACUAGUACAGCCACAUGAAGACUUUUGAAUUAGUGUGUUUGCUGCCGGUUUAACGGCGAUUGAUUGACUUUACACCAAACCAAAUCACUGAGUGAUGCUACAGAGUGGUAAUGGUAGAGGAAACAGUUAAGUGUCAGAAGAGGAAAGAUAAUGGAAUGUUGUAUAGAUGGCAGUACAGAUGAGUGGAAAUAGAGAGGUUGAGGUGUUGAGAAAGUUAAAGUCAUAGUAGGAAGUAAGUAUGUGACGAAGGAGAGGAAACAGAAGAGAAAGCAUCCCCCUGCUGACCUCUGACCCUAGCUAGUCAGUGUGCAAAGCUUUCAUGGUGUUACACCAACCUGCCAAUUAUCAAUUACAGCUUUUAGCAGCGCUAGUUAGUUAGCAUGUUACGUUCAUGAUUUUUGUCCGUUCAGUUAUUUAUUUACUGCUGCUACUUUUAUUUUGUUCAUUUUGUUCUUGCUUUAGAUGCUGCUGUCACUUCUUUUCACCAAAAGGCCAAAUACUUUGUAUUCUUUUGCCAAAUAAGUGAACUCCAAUACAAAGUCUACACGUUGUUUUACCAAAUACAGAGGAAAGCAAACAGUAAGUGAGAGAUGGACACAUGUGGAAGGUUGUCUUUAUUCAUAUGAAGUACUAACUCAUGACACAAUGUAACCACUUAUCACCGCACAUCAUCUAACUGUGUAAUGCAGGGGUUAGAGUUCAUGUCUGUCUGUCCAGAUGCUUUAGCUCACGUCCAUCCUCGACUGUGUCCAGCCAUCUCACCUGCAAGCUUGACAACUGCACACCAAAGGUGUCCACAGCCCAAGAAAUACAUUGUUAUUACUCUUGUUAUUGAUAUUAUCAUUGAUUGUUCUCAGCUAUGGUAUGCAUAUAUGAAAUCUUUCUAUAGCUAGUGUGUCUGAGGAGCUAUAGGGGGCGCUGUGGUGUCGCAGUGUCCCCCGUGUUGUGUUUUAUACUGUACAGAGGGAGACUGGUGCACUGUAACAUAAAACAGGGCCGAGCGGCCCAAAGCAGCCGAUUCACUGAAGGUUUGUAUCAGGAAGUUGACAGCUGUCUGGCUAACUACACUAAUCCCUCAUUUAUCGCGGUUAAUUUGUUACAGACCCAACUGCAAAAAGUGAAUUUCCACAAAGUAGGAUUCAAUAUUAAAAAAAAAAAAUUCAUAGUUAUAGCAUAGGUUUUCUAUGCUAUAACUAUGAAAAUAUUAUUUUUUUAUAUAUUUAAAUAAUUUUUUUUAUGACCUUCUAAAAAUGUUUUUUUUAACAUUACUAGAGCCCUGUAAACAUGAAAUAACAUCCGUAUGGUCACCUUUAUACUUAUUACCUGAUAUAGUAGACAUGAUAAGCAAUAAUAAGACAUAUUAACUCACCGUUAGCAUUUGGAAAGCUCAUUGUUGUUUGUUGUAGUGUCUCAAAGGUAAUGUAGGUCGAUCGCACAUGGCAUUAAUAAUAAAAAAAUAUCGCCAUCAGCCUAUCAUCCAUCCUCACUAUAAUACUUGUCACUCCAUUGAUAUAUUCAUUCCAGUCUGACAUGCAUCUACCAUACAUAGACCGUGCAACGCUUGUGUUCAGACUACGGCAUCUCUGAAGUGACACGAGACGGCUGCCGCUUUAAACAUAGCAAUACUGUACAACGAGUUAACUAGUUAGCCUCCAAUUUAAUUAUCCUAAGCGUAAGAAUGGGUUUGGAACUGAGGGAUGGAGGACAACAUUAGCAGGCAAAAUCCACACAGGCCAUAAUCAACCCCGAAACAGCGAUCAUUUAUUCAUUAUUUAAUGAUAAACUGGCAUGUAGUGAGGAAGUGAUAUUUGAACAGCGAUGGACGACUGUAAUUGCUUUUUCACCAGUUGUCAAACACCCCGGUACCAUCAACCUGAACUCUAGCUCCACUAAUCCAGGCGUUAGUGUGGUCACAUUGAAAUUGUCAGUUAAAAAAACAAACUAGAAUGGCACUCAUUAGAGUGCAGAAUUCCACCAAUGCCUAACAAUCCCAAUUACACCACCAAAUAACCUAAGUGGAUGUCCGUGUCUGAAUUUUUUAUUUUUAAAUGUCCCCGUGUUGCACAGAAUUGACAGAUCUCUAGCCGAGCCUUCUCACUGCCGUAUUGCUGCAUCAGAGCCGGAACAUAAGAUGCAGCCUUUAUUCACAUUAAUAGAUUUGUGAUGAUGUCAGCUCCAGCAUCUCCUUUGAUUUAUAAAGUACCGUAUUGACCCGAAUAUAAGACAACCCUGAACAUAGGACAAGCCCGGCUUUAGCCAGCAGGGAAAUCAGAGACUCACUCUACAGUAAAAGCAUGGCUUUUAGCAUGGCAGUAUUAACCUGGAUUCUACCACAGCAAAUAUCAAAAUGCACCCAUUUCAUUUUUUUGCCGGAUUGUUAGCCACCAGAGGAAAGAUUUGCACACGUACAAAAGAUUUGUCACUGUAGUCAAAGACAUACAACACAAUUAUCACAGCGGCUCUGUUAGAUAAGAAUAUGAAAAACAAUGGUACCUCAGUUUUCACUAAUUUGUUCCAAAACAUUUUGACGAAAUCUGAACAGUACGAAAAAAAACCCAUAGAAAAUCAUGUAAAUCCAAUUGAAAUCUGUUCCAGACACCCACAAAUAUUAUCAAAAAGUACAUUUUUAUAGAGAGUAAUUAUACUUUUACAUGCAGAAAACAAUGUGAAAUACUUUAAAAUGGUGAAUGGAUAGAAAUUGUUAAUAUAAACUUGAUCAAAUUCAAUAGUGGUUCUCACCGUCUUAUCCAAUUGCUGGCACUCCCAACUUCUUUGGCCCCAUUGUGGUUUAUGUAGCAGUCACACUAUAUGAACAGUGAUUCAGUAAUGUGUUGGGUGCUUUGUUUGGGCACUUGAUUUAGCGGAAUGAUACAGUACAGGGCAGGUGGACUAGCUAGUUACGAGCAAUAUUGUACGAAAACCGAGGCAAAAUUUUGGUGAAAAUUUUUGACGAAAACUGAGGUUUGAUUGUAUGAAAUGAAAACAGAAGAAUCAAAAUAAAAUUAUGCACAAAUGUACGAAGGCAAUGUCAACAAACUGUUGAAGGUUGAAAAAUUCUUUAUUCUCCUUCUGUUUCUGGUGAUAGUCACAAGUAAAUGUGCAAGCAAUGGCUAGUUUCGCUUUUGGUUAUGUCCACAACCGCAUAUGUCCACACACGACAAGUCCGAGGGGCAUCUACUUCCAACGGGUUCCACCUGACAACCGAGUCUGUGUUAGUCGGUAGCCUCUUUUACACAGAUAUCCGGAAAAAUAGCUACGUCAGAAAUGGAACAGAAGAUUCAUAAUUUUUCCCCUUUUACCUUUUUAUUAGUGCGCUUUCACACAGCUGUACGUAACCCCGUAAUCAGGAGAGAUCAGCGGCAAUUGCUGGACAGUGACAGUGGCUCGGAAGAAGUGUGAAACUAGGCUUUCCUGUCGUUCCCUUAAAAUCGCCAGGUCAACUUUGUCCACCCGGCCAUGAAACAUGCCGGCUCUUUCAGGUUGUGUGAUGGAAGUUGGACUUGGUUUGCUCGGCCCUUUUGUCUGCUUUUCCUCUGUGGUCCAUUGACUGACUUAAAGCCACGGCUCAUGUAUAAAAAAACAAAACAACAGCUAAUUUUGGUGCUCAGCAUCAUGACACUAUUGUGCGUCUCCACUGAACCCUCAUGUUGGCCCAGUCUCCCACUGUUGUAACGUUCUUUGUUUAUAAGCUGAUGUACACAAACACAUGCACACUGGCUCUCCUGUGCUACUUGUGUGAGGAUGUAGUGAUGUUCCCACACCAAAUAUUUAAAGUGGUCCCACCCUGGCUUGAUGUGUAUAUUAGCUGUGAAGCUAGCUGCUAGCGCGUACCUGAGCUGUGCCUUGGCGCCCAGCUGCUCUGUGUGUGUGUGUGUGUGUGUGUGUGUGUAUGCAUGCGUGGAUGCGUGUGUGUGAAUUUGUAAAUCCCAUCUGUAAGUAAACCAAAUAUCAUUGUCACUAUGCAGUCAUGCAAACCAUGUCAGCUUGCUAUGAGCGGUACAUAAGAGAUUUACUUACAUGAUUUGGGCUUAGCCACCCCUUUGUCCCAUUGUGAGCAACAGCGCCACCUUUGGCAAGUUUUGAAUGAGCUGACAAAUAUUUAAGGAUUGUAUCGUUGUGUUUUGUUGUUUUUUUUGUGAGGGAUGCUUGGAUCAUUGCUGUAAAGUCUAUCAUCAAGUGCAAGUCAUUGUCACAGCUGUAACUGCCAUUGUUUCGGGUUUUUUUUGUUCUUUUAUGCUGUUUAGGGUGGUGAAGCACAUCAUUAUUAUUUAUGUGUUGCUGUUUUUUUUUUAUUUACACAUGCAGACAUCUUGAAUUAUUGUGUAUUUUGUUCAGUUUUGCUAAAGCUCACUUUUGGUUCACUCGGAGCAUCACAAGUGGCUGACAGUUAUAAGUAUUUGUUAGAAAGCUUUCUCCUCAUGGGCCCCAUGUUUUUUAUUUAGUGGUGUGUGUCUACCAAAAGUCUGUAUUGAUGGUGAUUUUUAUUAUAAUUAGCUUUCAUUUUUGUGUGUGUGUGUUUUUCUGAUUAUUGAUGGGUUCUGUUUUAUUUGAGUUGUUCUUAUGAAUGCUAUUCAGGGCAAAGAUGACACCAAAUUGAACAAAUAAUAAAUAGGAAAUGUGUCUGUUAUUGAAAAUAUUCAAUUUUAUUGUUUUUUGGCCUGGUGGAUGUUUUUCUCUGGCUGUAAUUUGUAUCCUCCUGAUUUUAGCCACCACUUACAGAUAACCUCUGAACUUUAGCUGGAGUUGUAUUGUUGUUAUUACGAUGUAUUGUAUGUUGAUCAGAUGAUCACUUUAUGACUUGUUACCCCAAUUUGGGCUAUAAAUUGUGUGCUGUUGCUUUAUUCCCCCUCCCCCCCCCACUCACAUACACGCAUCCCUGCCCUGUGUUUCAUUUUGAAUAUUUUUUAUAAUUAUUUUUGUAUUCAUCCUGGUUUCUUUGAUGCUGUAGUAGUGAGCUGAUGGCUCAAAUACAAGAGCUUUGUUUUGUUUUUUUCUUCCCGAAGCUGUCAUGACUGAUAUUGCACUUGUGAUGGGUUUUUUGUUAUUGUUAUUAUUAUUAUUAUUAUUAUUAUUUUUGUUUUGUGUCAGAUUGAUGUGCCCAGAGGAGAAUAGUGGGUGUGAACAUUGUGCAAAACAAGUCACAGCAAUUCUUUUUUGUUGUUGUUGUUUUGUAUUUAUCUGUGACAAGGCAAGAACAUCAUUGAACAGUGUAUUUUCUUCACUGAUUAUAUAUUUAUUGGUUUGUGUCUUGUUUUUAUGCACAUUGCUUUUGUUUGGGUUUUUUUUUUUUACAGAUGAAAAACAUGACUUCAGAGGCGAGUAGUAAAAAGUGUAUCUUUAUUAUUUUUACUAUUAUGAUCAUUUUUAUUAAUAUGAUAAAGUACCUAAAUGUACAGAAAUCCAAACACCCAGCCAAGACUUUAACAUAGUUGGUCAUGCUUUACUGGCUAAAACACCUUCCAUUUAUUUACUAGAUCUAUUGUGUACCCCAACAAACAAAGUUCAUUGACAAAUUGGCACAUGAUCUACUCAGACCCCCAUUAACAAGGUGGGACCUGUCCACUGAGUUAUUUUUGCUCAAAUGCACUCUUUAAUGACAAAAUGUUUUGCAGAAGAGAACCAACUGACAAAUUGACACAGCUUUUUUUUCCAGCUUUCUUUUUCUUUGGUCUUUCUUUUUCUUUCACCCCCUCCCCCUUGGUCUCAUUUCAGAAAACAAUAAUUGCCAUUAUUUUGUGAAUACCUCAGGAUUCUUUUGAUGAACAAAUACACAACAAUAAAACACCAAAAAAUAAAUUUAAAAAACUCAUAAAAACCUCAUGUGUCCUAGUUUUUUUUUGUUUUUUGUUUUGUUUUGUUUUUUUAAAUACUGAUUUCCAAAAAUGUGUAAUAUUUAAGUGGAUGGCUCAUUGAUGGUGACAUGCAAUAUACACUAUGCACAAUUAUUAGGCAAUUUGCAUUAUUGAUGAUUAGUUUUAUUAUUUAACACCAACCAAAUCCUCCCAGACAUUGUUCAGAGAGGUGCACCUUUUUUCUUCACUGUAAAUCUUACAUUUAAGGGCCCAAAAGUACUCAAUAGGGUUUAGGUCAGGUGAGCAAGGAGGUCAUGUCAUUACUUUUUAAGACCUUUCCUAGCUUAGCAACGCAGUGGAGCACUAGGAUGCAUGAGAUGGACCAUUGUCCUGCAUAAAAAUCAUGGGUCUUCUUGAAAGAUGUCCACUUUUUCCUGUACCACUGUGUGAAAAAAGUGCCAAGCUCAUCUUUUAAUAAUUCCAGCCUUUCUUACCUUGGCCAUGUCUCUGAACACUGAACGCCAUGUGCCGUACUUCUGGACACUCCAGGUAGAUGACACUUCUGGAAUAUGACAGCACUGGAGGAUAAUGGGUUCCUGGGAACUUCAUGUUUGAUUUUUCUCACAUAUUUGGCAGUUCAUUUGCAUGUUUUUCUCUCGACAUGUUUUUUGUCACCCUUUUGUGCACUUGCAACAAAACAUGUAAUGGUUCUGUGGUCACUCCUAAUAUUUUGGCAAUUUCAUCAAUUUUUAGAGUGCUGCAUCCCUAUGAAAGAUGUUUUACAGUUCUUGACGUUUCUGUCUGUUAAAUCUCUUUUCUGGCCCAUUUUGCCAGAGGAAAAGAAGCUAAAAAUUGUGCGCACCUAAUAAAGGGUGGUGAUCUCCUAAGGCAGGGGUAUAAAACUAGUGGUCCGCGGGCCAUUUGCGGCCCACCAAAUCGCGACUGGCCAUCAAAGAGUAGUGUAACUGCAGCCCGCAACAUCUGGGCAAGCUCAGUGUUACUUACACACUUACAGGGGCAAGUAAACACCAACGCUGAACUAACAGUGGUGUUAUCACACGGAUGUAUUGUGAAUCGGAUCGUAUCGUGAGGUACCCUGAGAUUCCCAGCCCUACUCCCAAUACUUGAUGUGGCCCAGCCUCACCCAGUCUCUACCUCCACUGGCACCCAGUGAAAUUGAGUUUGAGACCCCUGUCCUAAGGCCACACCCUCCCUCAGUACACACAUGCACAUCACCUGGUACGCUUCAGCUCAAAAGGCAUUCAAGUUUAUUCAGCUUAAGGUUGGAAAAUAUGCAGAAAAAUGAGAAUAUGGUCAAAAUAUUGAAUUGCCUAAUAAAUUGUGCACACAGUGUAAGUUUUUUUAAGAUUAAUAAACACAACAAAGUAUUCUUGAAUUUGUAUUAGAAAUAUAACAAAAACGAUAUGAAAUUUUUGAAAAUUUGAAUAUCAUGAAAAUCAUUUCUAUGCACGCAAUACUUGGCUGGGCCUCCUUUUGCAUGAAUGACUGCAUCAAUGCAGCAU